AUGUACCUUACUGAGAUCUCCAACUUUCCUUCUUCCUUCUCUCUAUUCAAGAAGACCAAAGCCAAAACUGGGGCCGACGGCGGAUUUGAUUUCAUUUCUCGAUCCUUCGACGAAUCUCUUCUCCGUCGCCUCAAGACUCUCGAUCCGCCGGCUAUCAGCUUGUCCUGGCUCUCCAAAGCCGUUGAUUUCCUCUCCUUUGUACAUUCGGAAGCGAAAACGCUUGUGUCACGCCUUGAAGUCGCUUCUUUCGACGAAUCGUUGGCUCUGUAUCUGGAAGAUUCUGCCAAAGUUUUAGAUCUAUGCAAUUUUAUUUCGUCUGAGAUCGAACGGAUACGCCACCGUCGUCUCUCGAUUGGUUUUGCGAUUCACCUGUUGACCACAUCCGAGUCCGGUCGUAAUCUGGAGAAGCUGCGACGAGCCAGGGACUUGCUUUCCGGAUCGGUGAACGGCGUUGGUUACCCGGAGGUUAAGAAGCGUAGAUUUGGGAUCGGGAGCGACGGCAUCAAGGAUUUGGUGAAGGAGUUGGCUCUGCGGCUUGAGCGUCCGCCACGUGGAAAGAUCUCUAGCGCUAAUAGGCUUGUCCGUCGCACGAUCUAUGCAGUCGGAUUAGUUACUGUUUUUGUUGCCGGAGCUGUCGUUGCGGCGCUGCACAGAUCAACUGAACUUAUCUCCGUCCGCGCACCGUCCGAUUUUAGUUGGGCUGAUUCCGUCAACGGUCUCGAGGCAGCGAUUUCCACGGAGUUGAGCCGGCGGUUCGCUGAUAAGAACGAAAAGAAAGCGCAUUUUAGCGAGCUUGAUGACGUGGAGAGGCAAUUAAAAGAGUUAUCUGACGUCAUUGACGACGUUACUGGAGGAGAAAGCGUGGAAAAUAAGAACAAAGAAGAGAGCUUUGACGGGGUCGUUAAAAAAUUGGAAAGGGUGACGGAGGUAUUAAUAGAAGGAUUAGACGGUCUAAGUAACGGCGUCAAUGGGUUGUUCAAUACGGUUUUGAGUCAUAGAAACGGCAUGUUGGGGAAAUGGAGAGUGGACAUUGAGAAGAAAUGA